GCGGCCCGGAGCGGCGCUGCCGGGAUGGGAGCGUGAGAGGGGGCGAGUCCGCGGCCGGAGGAGCUGCGGUCUGUCGCGGGGGCUGGUGCCGGCGGGCUUGGACUCGCCAUGGAGCCGGUGACCAGGUGGAGCCCGAAGCAAGUGGUGGAUUGGACUAAGGGCCUGGAUGAUUGCCUGCAGCAGUAUGUCCAUAAAUUUGAACGGGAGAAGAUAAAUGGUGAACAGCUGUUACAGAUUUCUCACCAGGACCUUGAAGACUUAGGUAUCUCAAGGAUUGGACACCAGGAACUGGUUCUAGAGGCUGUGGAUCUCCUGUGUGCACUGAACUAUGGCCUUGAAACAGACAAUAUGAAGAACCUGGUUCUCAAGCUGCGAGGGUCAUCCAACAAUCUGCAAAAUUACAUCAGCAGCCGUAGGAAAAGUUCAAAUUAUGAUGGAAAUACCUCUCGCAAGCCCCCGACUGACUUCCUUACUUCUGUCGUAGAGCUUAUUGGUGCUGCUAAGGCCUUGCUUGCAUGGUUGGACAGGACCCCAUUUACAGGUAUUGCUGACUUUUCAUCAAUGAAGAACAGAAUCAUUCAGCUCUGCUUGGACCUCACUACUACUGUUCAGAAGGAUUGCACUGUGGCUGACAUGGAAGAUAAAGUCCAGACUGUGGCCAAGACUUUAAAUGGCAUUUGUGAUAAAGCCAUCCGAUCAACUACAGACCCACUGAUGAGCCAGUGUGCCUGUCUGGAGGAGGUCCAUUUAACCAACAUUAAACCUGGGGAAGGCCUGGGAAUGUACAUAAAAUCAACUUAUGAUGGGUUGCAUGUAAUUACUGGAACUACAGAAAAUUCCCCUGCUGAUCGCUCUCAGAAGAUUCAUGCUGGUGAUGAAGUGAUCCAGGUUAACCGGCAAACUGUGGUUGGAUGGCAACUAAAAAAUCUGGUGGCAAAGUUGCGAGAGAAUCCUGCUGGAGUUAGGCUGCUGCUUAAGAAACGCCCUACUGGCUCUUUUCAUUUCACUCCUGCUCCACUGAAGAACCUGCGCUGGAAACCGCCUUUGGUGCAGACCAGUCCUCCACCAGCUUCAACUCAGUCCCCAGAAAGCACCGUGGAUACCUCACUGAAGAAAGAGAAGCCGGCCAUUUUGGAUCUGUACAUACCCCCUCCACCAGCUGUUCCAUAUUCGCCUCGAGAUGAAAAGGGGAGUUUUGUGUAUGGAGGAGGCAACAAACGCAGUCAGCCACUGCCUGGGUCCAAGGGCGCCGAGUCUCCCAAUUCUUUUCUGGAUCAGGAGAGCCGAAGACGAAGGUUUACUAUUGCUGAUUCAGAUCAGUUGCCUGGGUAUCCCGUGGAAGUAAAUGUCCUACCAGCCAAGAUGAGAGAAAAAACACAGUCCUAUGGAAAACCUCGUCCUUUGUCAAUGCCUGCUGAUGGAAGCUGGAUAGGAGCUGCAGAACCCUUCUCUAGGCCACGAGGAUCAGGGAGAAAAGAUGAAGAUGUCCUCUGCAGGUACUUCAGCAAUGAAAGGAUACCCCCGAUCAUUGAGGAAAGCCCCUCCAAGCAGCACCCCCUCUCCAGGCCAGUGUCUGACAAGCAGUUGGUGAGGGGAACAGAUUAUAUUCGAGGCAGCAGGUGUUUUAUGAAUACAGACCUCCACAACAGUGCAACAAUUCCCUUUCAAGAGGAAAGUGCUAAAAAAUCAUCGGUUACAUCGUCCACAAAAUCCUCCUCGGCAGAGCCCUCGCUGCUGGUCAAUUGGAUGACAAGACUGAAAUUGUUGACUCACUGACUUGUCCCCAGUGCUGUUACCAAGUGCCUUUGCUCGUUGGUCAGCCUUCUCUGCUUUGCAGCUUAACUGACACACAGAGACUAAUGCGGUUUUCUUUUCCUGGAGAAUCUUACACUUUUGCCUUUUUGUUUGUCAUUUUUGAUGGAUCAGAGGGUUUCGUAGUGUGAGGAGGGAAGAAAGAUAAAGAUCAAGUUCCUCUUCCUGGCCAAAAACUGAAGGCAUUUAUUCCCAUGGAAAUGAGUAAAAUUUCAGUGAGGUGGAGGCCACACGUGACCUGGAAUAUGCAUAAUGACUCAGAGGAAGGCACUGCAUUACUGUGAAGUCCAGUGGCACUUUAGUUGCCUGAAUGCUCAGAGGCUGGUGUGACUGGCUGGGUGUCAGAGUAUGCAGAGCUCACAGAAGUUGUCACUCUCCUGACUGGGAAAAUAAGCAGGGAAACAGCAGUUUUGUGCAACUUCGUGAUGCUGUUUCGAGUACUGCAUGAGAUCAACCUUAUGAGGAAGAAGUAGUAGUGUUACCAUUCUUUCUCUGAUCUCCAGAGUUCCUGUGAAGUCUUAGGAAGAGAGUUCUCUUAUUCAGAGAUUUCAGGAAGUUGGACUAAUUUAAUUAUAAAUCAAUCCAACCUUAUAUAUAAUCUAUUUUAUUGAAAUCACAGUACAAAUAAGGAGCACUGAACCAGUGCAGUGCUCAUCUGUAAAGGUAUACAGAUUGCUACAACAUGCCAAGGAAAUGCAUCUGUAGAGGUGGUAAAAGAAUAUAUAUUUUUUCCUUAAUUGUUUAAGAAUGACUUGCUGUUAACCAAAGUAACCUUUUAAAGUCCUGUUGGACUUAUGAGAACUUUUACAGUGGUUCAGUUUUUGAAUGAUGUGUUCUUUUUAUGAAAAAUAUGUGCUAUCAUACACUACAAUUGUAAGACAUCUUGCUAUUUUCUAUGUAGCUCUAAUUUUUACCCCUCCAGAAUUUUAAAGUAGCAUUGGGUAUUUUGGGAGGAAAAUAAAACUUGUUUAACAAAAGAGGAGGAUAUUAACGAGAUAUUGUUUAAGAAGGAAUGUAUAUAAGAUUGUUAGUAUUCAAACAGUUGUGUUUAAAGAUAUUUAAAUGUUAAAUAUAGUUGUAUAUAUUUUUACAUUUAAAUAGAUAGAGUUUGUAUCUUCCUGUAUUGAAGUGUUGGGCACAGCUUAGUCAAAUGAAAAGAAAAUAAGAUUUUGUAUUACCUUAUAAUUAUAAGACUGACUAUUUUUGUAGAUGAUACAUUGCCAACAGUCUUUACUCCUUUGGUCUUGCUGAAAAGAAGGAUUUAUAUUUAAUAAUUGGUGGGGAAAGAGGGAAGUUAAAUGCUAGUUUACACUUAGGACUGGGGCAGGAAUCACAUGUGAUAACAGGAGUGUUAAAAACACACUGUAAUCCCGUUUGUGAAGAUGUGACCAUUCUGCUGCAAUGAGCUUAUGAAGCUGUGCUACAGCCCUGCAGAGAGAGACAGGGUGUUUGAUUCACUUCUCAAUUAAUUUGAUUGUGACUCACUGAUGACUGGGAGGGCUGGUUUGGACCUUUCUGAUCAAAGCAGGUUAUAAAGUGUCUGUCUUGUGCCACUCUCCUCCAUUCCCCAAGAUGGCUGUCUAUACUAGAGACAUGACCAGAACUGCUGCUGUGCAGUUGAACCCUACAACUGUUUGGUCCUGCCUCCAGAAAAAGGGCUGAAACUGCUAUGUUGUAGGCUUUGUGGUGUAGUAUAGUCCAGCCUCCAAAAGGCUGAGCUGUUCUAAAGAUGUUGUUUAAACAAGACUUUUAAAAUGGAAAUUUUGUUCAUCUUCAA